AUGGCCGACUUGUAUGAACCUGACGUUGGAACUGCUUAUUACCGUUCAAACGAUCCAUUAAAAAAUUUAAGAUUUCGAGUCACAUUAAAACGUAUAACAUCAACUAGCAUUGUACCUCAAGCUCAGAAUAAAUCUGAAGAUGAUGAUGUGGAACUACAAAGUGUUGAUCAAAAAUCAUCAGUUCAGUCUGAUGAAGAACAAAUGGUUAUACUCUGGCAAGAAAAAGUGUUUGGACAGAGAGAAAUAGAUCUAUAUUCUAAUGCAGAUAAUUGUUACAAUGUGAUGGAUCAAAAAUAUUUUGAAGAUGUCAGCAAAUUAUUAGAGAAAGGUCGACCUACAAACAGAAUAUUUUCUUAUGUUGAUCAUGAUUCAUUCUCUAACCAAGAUGAGACAUUGAAUUAUAUGACCAGUUCUGCAAAAGAAAAACCAUCAAAUUUAGCUAAAAAUAUGGCCCAUAUACGUAGAAGAAGAAUAGGUGGUAGACAAGCUAAGGAAAGAGAGCUAGGUAUAAUACCUAAAACCAAUAUAGUAGUAGCAGACCCUUCAGAUGAAAGAAUAGCUAAGAAUCAUAUUGAUGCACCACCUAUGCAAGUAAUGUAUAUUAUGGCUGAUCUUAGUCCUAGAGAACAGCCAGCAAGUGAAGAAUCUGAAAAUAUUUUAUGUUCACUACAUGUGGAUGCUCACGGUGUAUUAUCUAUAAGGCCUGAUUUUAAUCGUGGUCGGAAAGCCUAUAUUAUAGAAACUGGCACACUGGGAAAAGAGGUAUUUGAAUACACAAUAGAACAUGCUUCCAAACCAAUGAAUAGGUUAGAACAAGAGAAAGAGAUGAAGAUGUAUAGAGAAGUUUAUACUAGACAUAAAGAAUUUCUACAGGCUUGUGUUGGUAGUGAAUUUGAAAUGCCUCCACCAGAUGUGUUGAGACUAUUAGUUUUUGGUGAAUUAGAAAUGGCCAAAGAUUUUGAUAGUGAUAAUAUCUAUAUUCAGUUUUUUAUUGAUUUACCUAAAGAUUGGUAUGCAGAGAGUCCACAACAGUUAUCAUGGGUUACACAGACAUGUCAGUUAAAAACAAAAGGACAAAAUAAUAUAGCUCAUUUUGGUUUUCCGUUUCAAGUUGAAUUAUUUUAUAAAAGAGAGAUCAUUACUGAAGAAAAUAAAGAUGUCAUGCCUCACUUUCCUAUUAUUUAUGUAGAAGUUCUCUCCCUUGAUUCCUGGCAAAGAUAUCGUACUGAAGGUUAUACAUAUUUCUCUUUACCAGGCAAACCAGGUACAUCAUAUGAAACCCAGGAUUGUUGGAGACCAUUAAAAGAUUCAGUUGUAUCUAAUUUACGCAGAUUUUUUAUCGGUGGUUCACCAGAGUUAGAGUUUCCUACUUAUACUGCCAUUCCUUCUACAUUUGAUGGUAGCCAUCUGAGUAAAUUUGGUUUCCGAACUGAAACAACAGGAAGUGUGUGUAUGAGAUUUAAUACCAUGUUACAAUCAAGAAUGUUUGUACAGAAGAAAUCCAAUAAGAAAUCAUUAGGAGCUUUAUUAGAUAAUUUAGGAAUUACAUCUCAACAAGCUAGUGUAGCAAGUGUUAUAGAGGCUUUCAAGAAAGCCAGAUUAAAAAUGUUACAGGCUAGAGAAUCGGCUACUAGAACUUUAUUAAAAGAUGAUGAUGAUAAUGAAAAUACUAAAAAACAAUAAUUAAACAAUUCCCACAAUAUUUAGAACUUAGGAAAUCCCUGAUAAAGUGCUCUUAAUCUAUCUAUCAUCCACUGUGAAACAAAGUGAAACAAACCAUUCUUCAUGUUUAAAAUAAGUAUGUAAGAGUUUUCAUCAUAGACUAAUAUUUGCAUUAUUUGAACCAAAUUGAUCAGAUUUGCCUGCACUCUGUUUGACUUUUAUCUUCUGCAAAAUAUAUCAUUAUUAGUUUCAGCAAGUUAAUUAUAAAGAACUUUAGAAGGUGCCUGAAGUGAAAAAUUGGAAUUCAAAACUGUUUAAUUAUGUGAAUUAUUUGCUCUGAUUGCAAAAUAUUAUCUGAAAUCUAUGACAUUUAUUAACUUCUUUCUGAUAAGUGACUUCAUCAUUAAAAGUAUCUGUUAAAACUUGUUAACUCAGACUGGCCUUGUUAGUUAAACAAUGUGAUCCAUGCUUGUAUCAAUUGUGAAGAUCAUUUACAAUAUCUCAUUCCGUCCUUGUUAAGUAUUGUAGGUUAGUAUCUGAUAAUUUUGUAUGGUAGUUGUUAUUAUUGUGUAGUUAUUGUAUUGUUUAUUUUUAAUGUUUAUUUAUAAAUUUAUUUAUAUUUUAAUAAAAUAUUUUAUAUC